GCUCCAAUGGUGCAGAUUUUCCUCCGCAAGUUCCAAAGCUCCACCGCUGGAUUGAUGAGACGUCUGGUACAGACAUCGUUGUGGCCUAUCACCCGUAUGGCUACGGCGGAUAUGGCUUGAAGGACUGCGCCGAGGCACCCAAUGGUGUGGCGCUGUGCACUGAGUUCCGCACGGACAAUACCGGCCCGCCAGCAAACAUCUCUGAGGUUCAGGGCAUCCUUGGGAAGGUGAGCCAGGAGUAUCCAGGUGCUCAGGUUAUUGCCUCAACUUUUGAUGCUUUCUUUGCCGACGUGCAGUCUGUGCGCCAGCAGUUGCCUGUCGUCAGCAUGGAAGUGGCUGACACAUGGGUGUAUGGCAACCCGUCAGACCCUCUGAAGAUGGCGCAGUACCGAGCCAUCCAACGGGCGUGGGUGCGCUGCCGCGCACGUGGCGAGCCGCGCUGUGCAGACUCGGAUCCUGCGGUGCAGAACAUGACCUUCUUCUUGAUGAAGAUCGCGGAGCAUACCUGGGGAACUCCAGGGAUUUCCGGCUGGGGCAAGGGAGACGACUACAACACCACACUCUUCCACAAGGACAUUGCGAACGAGACUUUCACGCGCGCCGCCACCUCGUGGAUGGAGCAGCGCAUCUUCAAUGAGUUAGCUGCCCGGGCAUUGGAGGAGGGGCCAGCCGUGACCUCCCCCCAUCCGUUGGCCAAGGAGGUUCGCGAGGAGCUCAGGGCAGUGGAGGAAGUUCCAACGCCCAUUAUUCCUUCCUCGCUGGUCGAAGUGGCUCCAACCACUCGACUUCGCGCACGUUCUGGCGCGCAGCUGCAGCUAGGCCAGGAUGGCUCGAUCACCACUCUGAACUUGCCGUGCUGUGGUUUGUGGGCCUCCGCUGAGUCUCCUUUGGGCGCCUAUGCCUACCAGACCUUCAACGACACGGAGUGGAAGCCGUUCACGUAUGCCUACAUCAACGACCACGCCAUGCAAAACGGUUUCUGCAAGCCGGGCUCCAACAAUUUCUCGGAGAGUGCCAUCUGGAGGCCUACGCUAGAACACCUUUGGAUCUCCGGCAAAGCCGACAGCUUCGACUAUGCCGUGGCGGAACUGAGCAUGCCCAGGAAGGCCAGCGAGAGCUACG